AUGGGGGUCUGCCUGCAGGGCCGCCGGUGGCGGGAGGUGCUGGGACUGCUCCGGGGCGCGACCCUGGCGCGGGUGUCGCCGGACGUCGUCACCUUCGGGGCUGCCAUGGGGGCCUGCGCGCAGGGCCGCCACUGGGAGCUCGUGGUCGGCCUGGCGGGCGAGCUGCGCGGCCUCGGGCUCAGGGCGAACGCCGUCGUGCACAGCACCCUGCUGCUGGCCCUGGACCGGGGGACGCACUGGACGAGCGCAUUGGAAGUUGCGGAGGAGAUGUUGGGGAGCAGCCCGUGUGGCUCCAGCUCCGAGAGUGCUUGGGACACCCGGCCCCGGCGCCCGCCCCCAGCCGGCGGGCUGCCCGGCGCGGCGCCGACCAACACGGCGUACAACGCGUCCCUCACCGUGCUCGGGAGGAGGCGGCAGUGGGCACGGGCCCUGCACGUCGCGGGCGCGAUGCGGCGCAGCCGGGGCCUGCCGGACAGGAUCACGUACAGCCUGCUGAUGAGCGCCCUGGAGAAGGAGCACCAGUGGCAGCGCGCGAUUGGCCUCCUGAGCGAGAUGCGGUGGUGCGCCCUGCACGUCACCUCGGUGGGCCUCGCCGCCGCGCUCGGGGCCUGUCGGCGGGGCUUGCGGUGGGCGCUGGCGCUGGCCGCGCUGGCGGACGUGCGCGGGGCGAUGCCGCCAGACGCGCCGUCCUACAUCCCCAGGGGCUCCGAAGCGGUGUCUGCCCGACCGUCGCCCUGGCGCGAGCGCGGGGCGCCCGGCGGCGACGAGCCCGCGCUCGCGGCCGCCGUGGGCGACCUGCUGGCGGCGGCGGGUGCGCCGCUGGGCGCCGCCGAGGGGGGUCAGAGAGCCUUCGACAGACAAGUCAGGCAGCCGUUCCUGUUUAUAAGAGGAAUCGCGAUUUCUAUCCCAGAACCGCUCCCUCGCAUCCUGGCCAGCUACGCCUCGCUCGCCCUCGGAGGGCGCGCGGCUGCCGCGGGCCCGCCUGCUCGCCCCAGCGGCGCAGCGGUUGGCGGCGCUGGCGCGCCGCGCGCCGCCGCGGGGUGCGUCAGGUGCUGA